AAUUUUCGCUCCUUUUAACUUGCCUGUGUGGAGGUGUUAGAUUAUCAAAGACAGAAUGGAGGAGAAAACAGACACAGACAAGGACGGAACAUCGGAGGGAACCGCCGACACCCUCUCCAUGUUUCGCCCUGCGCUUUCCCUUCUCAAGCGCCGCAGCUUCAACGCCUGUCGUGGUUUCACUCGCAAGAUCGUCCGAUCCGACCCCAACACCUCCCUGCAAAUCGACCAAAUCCUUGCCGUUGCCGAUGUUCUUGCUGCCGCAGAGCGCCGCCAUGACCCGCUUGACUGGUACUCCAUUUUGCGUCUCAGUCCUGGAGACGCUACUGCGGACCGUGAUUUCGUACGGCAACAGUUCAAGAUCUUAGUGCGUCUCCUGGAUCCUAAUAAGAACAAGUUUCCCUUUGCGGACGAGGCCCUCAUGCGUGUCCGCGAAGCCUGGUGUGUUCUCUCUGACCCCACACUCAAGGCAAGUUUUGACAGAAAGGUUCAAGAGGAGGCUUCUUCUUUUUGGACAAUGUGUCCCUACUGCUGGUAUCUCCACGAAUACCAGAGGUGUUACGAGGAUUGUUCGCUGAGGUGCGCCAAUUGCCAGAAGACGUUUCACGGCACCGCGGUGAAGCCCCCUCCACCGGAGUCGGUAGUGGCGGGGAAGGAGGAGUACUACUGUUACCACGUGAGCUUUCCGCUCAGGUAUCCCGUUGGUGAGGAGAAUGGAAUGCGAAAGAGGUUUAGGGUUAAAACGGUGGCUCAUAGGACUAGAACUAGAACGAAAGGGGUUGUUCAUGAACUUGCUGACUCCGAUUCAGACGGGGAAGAGAAAGAUAAGGGAAAAUAGUGUGUUGUUCUCGGCUACAGAUUUUGGAAAAUCCUCAAAAGGGAAAUCUUGGUUGGAUUGGUAGCCUUUGCUGUUUACAGUAUGUAUGGUUCUUGUCACAGAUUUUGGAAAAACCUGAAAGGGAAAUCUUUUUGUAGGGCUCAUUAUGUUGUCUUGGUUUUGUAGGAAAAGGGGUAUCAUCAUGCAUGGCUUCUAUUCUGCUUCUGCCAGAUACAUGAUGAAUCCUUCAUUUUGAUUGUAAUAUAAUAGUUUGUCUGUGAAAGAAAAUCUGUUUGGUAUUUAGAAA